AUGGAAGCCGAGGUCAGAAGGCCGCCCAGCACGCAAAUGGGUCGUGAUGACAACAGUUUAGAGGAGGGCGUAUUACCCAACCGGGCCAGCCCAGCUGCCGUUCGACCAGGGACUUCGAGAUCCAUGUGCCGAUGGAUCUUAUCCUUCAUAUGCAUGUCCGACAGCCCGGAUAGACUGCAGGUGCACUACCCACCACGCUUCAAAGUCUUAUUGACGGUGGUCGUGAUCAUGGCCAUUGCAUGGAUCACAAACUUUUUCAUCAGCGUGCAUCCCUUGCUAGAGGAGCACGAUGAUCCCCCGGAGUGCAAGUAUGCUCUCAACCAACUCAAGUACAACGCCCGUGUGCUGUUUGUGUACUUCAUGUGGUUCAGCAUCGCCAGGGCUUCUCUGUUCGUGCCUUGUGUGCUGGCACGAGUAGCCACCGUUCAAUCGCGGACUCAUGGAUUCUGCAGAACGUACUGCGUGCAUUUGCUCAUUCGAGAUGGGCCAAUCUACAUAUUUGUUGUUGGAUCUGUGCUAUUUUGGUUCAAUAUCCUGCGCUCACCUAGCUGUGAAGACAGGAGUCCAGAGUUGUACUCCAGACUGAAGAUGUAUGCGGUUUGUUCUUGCCUGUUGGCUUUUGCUUGCAUUGUCGAAGUCUAUUGGCACAACAAGCUCAUUACGAACACCUUGGAGUUUUACUCCGCAUGGGUGCCAGAGGUCUCACGGAGAGCGCCGCCGGAGACCUUGGAGAAGCUGGAGACCAGGAAGUACGAGGAGCAGGCCUUUGGAGACGAGGAGGGGAAGCAGUAUCCCUCCGAGUGCGCCAUCUGUUUGGGCAGCUGGGAGUCCGAGGAUGUGAUCAAGGUAACUCCGUGUGGACAUGCUUUCCAUCAGGAGUGCAUUGGCGGUUGGCUACAAUCCGCGCGCACUUGUGCUCUUUGCCGGAAGGACCUUGUCGUGCUUACAGCGGACGGCCGGCAAAGGCAGCCAGAGAUACUAGGGAACUUUGGAAACAACGACAUGGUAGUCGAACACAGGUGA